CCUAGCUUGGCAGUGAGCCUGUCAGGACUGUCGUCGCUUCGCACCUUUGCGCCACGUUUGGAUGCUCGAGAACAAGACUUCCACUCAACAGAAUUGUCAAAGAAGUUCUCUCCCACACAACUGGUUCAGGCUUUUGUAGCCCUGCGCAGGCAGGAGGAAGAAGCGGAGGGGCCAGGCUUUUCUCGGCUCGACGAAAGCUCGUUCAACGUCACUACUUUGCUUACCCUUGACAUAGAAACAUGCUGCAACUCGGACGUCAAGUAAGCAGCCUGCAUGAAGCCGCAAGCUGGCUCUGGGCAAACCGCGGCGGCGGUUCAUGGAGACCAUGGCGUGCCGCAAUGCGACCGUGGCUCCCAGGAUUUGCAGGAAGAUGACGUUAAGGAAUCUCUGGAAAGCGAAGCGGAGAAGGCCGCAGGAAGGCGCAAGAGCCCAGACUCCGAGCUGGGCAAAGACCAGGCCCCCAGUUCACCUACUGGGUCCAACACGGAGGAGAGCGGCCCUAGGGGCCCCUCCACUGAGCAAGCAGCGGAGGGGCAGCCUUCAAGACAAGGGCAUGUGGAAAGCCUCCAGACGCCAGAAGGUGUUGUCAGGGCACACGCCGCUUACACAGAGCAGCACCUGGCGAACCAGGUGCAGGGCCUGCACUUGGGGGCUCCCAGAAGUGCAGGCCAGGCAAGACCAAGCGCACCACCACCACACCCUGAAUCGCUUGGCUUUACACUGCACCAGGCUGCCAGUCAGGGCCCCCUAGCUCCAGCCCCCCAGGACCAGCCCCCACCUCAGACCGCCGCACUCUUCCCCCCUGCAAGGGCCCCUUCCCAGGUCCCUGACGCGGUGGUCAAUCACCCAGGGUGGCAGAUUGCCUGCCAGCUGCUACAGAGCACGCCCCCUGGGUCUUGGCCGGACCCCGCUCUUCUUGUGCUACUUGCGGCAGCAGAGCCUGGCGGUGCCGCAGCGCACCUCCUCAGGGCACUUCCGCCACAGGGUGGUGCCCGUCGCCCGGGUGCGCCAGGCGCUGGUAGGAAGAGUAGAGCCCACCCAGAAUGGUCGAAUGAGCGGCUCAGGUGCCCCCAAGGGGCACAGCAGGGGGAGCCGGAACUGCCAAGUGUGGUAUUGGUUCCGCAAGCAGGAAUUGCCAGAUUAGUGGAGGAGAGAGUAGAGGUGGCUCCGUCUGGGGGCUUGCAAACCAGGAGGCUUAGGCCAUUCUUCGGGAUUGACCUAGAGAAACUGCCUGAGGCGGAGGACAACGUAGACAAGAUGAGGAUUGCUCCUAGGGGGGAGGCGGAAGACGCUGCUGGGGGGGGGAGGGCCGAAAACGCUGCUGACAGCGAUUACACACGCCAGGGUCGUUCUGAUGAGAAGGAGGAACGUGCGUUGGGAAAGCCACUUGAAGUGACAGCCUCAGCAGAGGCGCCCUCUGGCAAGGAGGGGGCCGGCGAGCGGGGCAGGGAGAACAGGGAAGGGGUCAGUCCAAGUAGUGAGCAGGAAGCGGAUCCAGAAGGGGGUGGGGAGGAGGCAGUGGAGGGAGGGGGCCAUGAGGAUGGCCAGAGCAUUCCUGGGAGUGGCGGUGCGCCAGACCCCACUGAGGGGCCAAGGCAGGCUCAGGAAGAUAUAGAUGAGGUUUUCGAGGGAAGAAGAAAGGAGUCGGGAGGGGAGGCGGACGAGCAUGCCCCGAAGGAAGGAGCCACUGCGGAGUCUCCGAGCGCACCGAGAAGCAGAGGAGAGAGUCAGGAGGAGGCUGUAGAAAAAGAAAAGGGGGAUAGAUGGGAGAACAGUGAUGCUGCAGGGCAGCAGGGCGGCGCUGAGCGGGUGGGGGACAAGAAAGGGGACCGCCUGCGGGGAGGCACACGGGCCGAGGGGCCAGUGAUGGGAGCAGGGCCGAUGGAGUGGAAACAUGAGAGACUGGGCAAUAAGCACUGGCAGGAGCCAGGGCGGUUUGGGGGGAGGGAGCGGGUGUCCUCGGAGGAUCCGCCCAAGCGGAAAGCGAGGGAUUUUGGGUUUGCGCAUCAGGAUGUAUACAAGAUCAGGCGGCGGGCCUUGCAAGAGGGAGGUCUGAUGGCGAGCGCGCGCUCAGACCUCUCGCUGCUCGACCAUUUGAUCGGGGCUUCGGAACAGUCCGUCGACAGGGCCCCGCAGGGGCAGGACCCGCAGGACGGCCCGGGGCAGGCGGGGCGGGGGCCGUACCAGUGCAAGCUGUGUGGGGAGGUCUUCGCAUACUCGCAGGCGCUGGGGGGCCACAUGCGGUCGCACAAAUAUAACGGCGCCCUGCCUCCGCAACCCUCCCUCGACCAGUUCCAGCUGCCCCGGCCGCCGCCAUCGCAGUUUCACAGCUUCCCUUCGGGAGCCCGGUCAAGCGGGGGCUUCCAGAUUCAAGCAGACGCAAUGGCAGCCGCAUUGCAGGCUCUCGACGCUCCAACUCUGUCCCUAGGAUCAGCAUUAGGCUACAUGAACCCUCCGCAUAAUCACGACGUCGCAUUGGGGCUCGCCCAAGCGGGUGAUCCCAGCACAGCGCUCGGUAGACCGGAAAGGGAGCGCCCGCCGGGCCUCGUGAACCAGACGGAGAUCAGACCUACUGCACGCAACUUCCAGCAUGGCAGCCCCAUCACAGGGCCCGGUAACAGCCCGGUACGACCCUCCGGGGCGGAUGCUCUGUUGCCGUCCCGCGUCCCCUCUCCCGCGUCCCCCAUCAUCUACCUGCCCGGCCAGGGGGCGGCCCCGGGGGGGUGGUUCGAGCUCGAGCCCGUAGACAUAGAGCACCCGGAGCGGAUUCCCCCGGUCAGCAUCGGGGGGAGCCCAAAAUUAGUCGCCGAGCAGAUUCUGGAGGCCCUGGUUGGGUAUGCCGAGCGGCCCACGACCGCCGCCGUCCAGCCGGCUCUCCCCGACGCAGGCGCGGCCGCGCUGUUCUCUCUGUACGAGCCCCUGUCGGCAGUGGAGCAGACAGGCAUCCUGGACCAACUGCGCGGGCAGCAGGUUGACGAAAGCAGGGCAGGUGGGGGCCUGGCGAACUUGGCAACAACCGGGGCCCAGGGCUGGGCUCCGGGGUACGGCUCUCGGGGUCCUGCCUGAGCAGCAACCGGUCAGCUUGAGACGCAGUCAGAGCGAGGACUGCGAGGUGGCACAAAUGGUCGGUAGAAUUAGCUUGCAAGGUUUCGGGACGCAUUAUUUUGAACUUGCACAGUGGAGCUCUGUGUCUAGGAACAGGUGCACGGUAUCGGCAGACGCUGCGACUGCAAGGAGCAUUUUGCGGCGGCGCAGAAGAGGCUAAUGUCUAGGAAGCAGAACAACUGCACGCAAUUGCACCGGCCUAUCACAGGGAUAGGAACGGAAUUUUGGCAUUCUUAGAUUGAUCAUCAGGCAGUAGCAAAGCUUGAAGUGCUACUUUAGAGAGCAUUAGGUGGUAGCAGAGCUUUGAAGUGCUGCUUUAGUGAUCAUCAGGUAGUAGCAAAGCUUUGAAGCGCUGAUUCGGCGAAUCACAUCGAUGCAUCGAAAAGUGCAUCUCCGCCUGAAAUUUGAGAUCAGAUCACGGAGACUCCAACAGACGGAAGAAUCGGACGUACCAUAUUGGUGUUAUAAGGAUUCGUUUGCAGAUCAGAGCAUGAUUGUCAUUG